CUGCUCACCGUGAUAAGUACCGGACGGGUCAGGGGCAGUCAGAGCCUGUUCGUCAACUCUUGCUCGGUGAAGACGUCGAUAGGACAGCGGGGACUCUUCCUUCACACACACCGACACCGUUUGUAAAUGCCUGCAGACACACAAAAGAUGAUGAUGACGGCCUCUCCGUGGGACCGCUGGUACUCCACGCGCUGCUGCCUGUGUUGCCAUGUCCGCACGGGAACCAUCAUCCUGGGGGUCUGGUACAUGCUCAUCAAUGCUGUGGUGUUACUCAUCCUGCUCACUGCCCUCAGCGAUCCUGAGCAGUACCACUUGACCAGUGCAGAGUUGGCUAAUGACCUGGAUGUCAUGGAUGAUGCCAACAUGUGCAUCGCCUCAGCGAUCUCUCUGCUGAUGAUACUUAUCUGUGGGAUGGCAACAUAUGGUGCCUACAAGUUACGUCCUGCCUGGAUCAUCCCUUUUAUCUGCUACCAAAUAUUUGACUUUGCCCUUAACACCUUGGUGGCUGUUAGCAUCGUAGUUUACCCAAACACCAUUCAGGAUUACCUGCAGCAACUGCCUGAGAACUUUCCCUACAAAGAGGAAGUUGCUGCUCUCAGUAACGUGUGCUUGGUCGUCAUCGUGUUGCUCUUCAUCGGCUGUAUUCUCGGCUUUAAGGCAUACCUGAUAGCAUGCGUGUGGAACUGCUACAGAUAUGUGAGUGGACGGGGUUCUGAAAUCCUGCUGUACGUUACGACAAAUGACACCACCGUGCUGUUACCUCCUUAUGAUGACAGUGUCAGUGUCCCUCCCAAGCAGGCUCCUCCACCUUACACCACUGUUACAGCAUGAAAACAUUCCCAGGAUCCUGCUGACUGCUGUUCAUAAAAGCACAGCAGAAUUGAUGCACCACACUGCCUCUCCACUGUACAGUAUAUUUCUGGAUAUAUUGUAGCUACACACACAUUACCGUUCUCUUAAUGCAUUCACACGCAUAUGUACAAAACACCUUGGACAGAUAUACAGACGCACACCACCGUGACCUCUCAUCCCUUCCUGUUAUUUACUUAUUCUUAUGUAUUUCUCUCCUGUAGCUCUCUGUGUAUCUCUGUGUCUUAGUAUUCAUCCAGAAACGAUGUGCACUUUUAUGCAUUUGAAGCGAAACAAGACAAAAGCACUAGAAGGUUUGAUAGAUGAUAUAUAUUUUUAUUAAUUCUAUUUAUGCUCUCUGUGUCUGUAAUCGUAUUCUGUGGGUCCUACCUUUUCACAAACAUAUUUAACUUGUGCAGAAAUGCAAAAAACCCCAAACAAAAACAAACGUAUGGCUCGCAUUAACGAGUGAGGAGCCGUUGCGUGUUUCCUGUUUGUCUCGUCUGAGCUCGUGAUCAGGGUUGGAUUGCCUUCAUUCAUAGCUUUCUCUCUCAUGGGGUGCACUUCAUGGAGCCACGUGUGAAGUGUCACCUUGACGGGAAGUUUCCCAAAGAAAUGCACCUGCCUGUGUUCUGACAUGAUCAAGGAGCAACCUAGUGUAUAUCAAACAUAUCAGCGUAUUCUACCACAGACAUAAUCACGGUCUCGUGUUCUAGAAAUCAGGAGUGUUGAUUUGCGUUGACUGAUAUUCAUAACUUUCUAAUGUAAUUGUGUCUUUCUACUGAUUGAUGACAAAUGUCUUGGAUUGCUGUUUAUCUAGAAGCACUGAUCUGGAAUCAGUUUGCUCUUUGAAGUCACUAUAAGUUGGUUGCUGGACAGAGGACUCGGAGUCCAAUAAAUAUAGACUCUGGUUGUGUUUUUUCAAUUAAGCCUAAUGGGAGCUUUCUUGUCUGUGUAAACAUUACACAAGUCUGUUCCACCAGAUGGAGUUACUGGCAAGCCACUCGUCCCUGGACACAAAAUGUCCUGCAAGGACUCAAAUGUCAAACCUUCUGUAUGGAAAACAAAGAUGUGACGUUUAUUUAUCUAUUAAAAUCCAAUUUCACUGAUA